CUGAUCUGACGAUUCCAAUUCGAUUUGUGCGAAAGCAGACCACAACAACAAUAACAACUGCCAACGGUAUUAGCAACACCCGCAAUAUUGUAACAAUAAUCUAGCCACUAUGGAGUCACACAUGGCUGUGGAACUAGAUAACCGGCUACUGUGGUUGCGUUACAUCAUCAGCAAUAUGGUGGGCGUCUACGAUCCCGAAAGUGUGAAUGCAUUGAUGGAUAAUCACGUUGAGGAGUUCACACACUUUCUGAACGACAAAUGUCUAAAAAACUCCGACAUAAAAUUGCUGUUGCUGACGGUGUGGCGCACCUACUAUGACAAGAUGGUCGAGAAGGAGAUUACAGUGCUGGAAGAGGUAAUUGAGCCACCACCGCCAAGAGUUUCAAAACCAGAAAAGGGAGGCAAAAAGAAAGGCAAACCGCCACCCAAAGGCGGGAAAGGCAAACCAGCUGCUAAGUCAACAGCUCCAGCAGCGCAACCAACGACGGAUGAAGAGUCACCCGGCGAGACUGGUGGCAUCACCGACACCGAUGGUGGCACAAGCAUGGCGCCAACGACAACAACAGAGGGUGGUCAUACGACAGACUACGAAGUCGAAAGCCCCGAUGAAGGCGUUCAAAGUGCUGUGAGCUCAGUCAGAACAGAAACCGCCAGCAAAAAAGGUGGUAAGAAGAAGCGGCGCACCACACGCAGAAGAACAACGCAGAAGCCAAUUGUAAAGUAUGUGGAAGUGAAGAAAAUUGUUCAGGAAUAUGUAAAAACGCCCCGAGUCCAUUGCCAUUUUGGAGAUGUUGAUGCCAGCAAUCUUGAUCCGAAUAUUAGAUACGUUUAUAUUUUGCGCAAAGAUCCAUACGGCAUACGUAAUUUCUACAAUCGCGCUGAAUGCUUUGCUGAGAUGCCGAAGUACUUUAUUGUUGGCACCAUAAAUGGUGUUGUGAUUCAAUCGUUGCAGAGUGAUUUGAAUUUGGUUGGCCGCAAAGCUAUUCAAUUUCAAUUUCGCGAACCGAAAUUCGACGACAAGCAAACGAAUGCCGAUGAGAAUAUAUGCGCUGGGCCCGGUGCCGGCUCGGGUGAAGUCAAAGAGACAGGACCGGGCUUGCUGGAGUUGUCAAAGCCCUCGGAAUUCCGUUUGCGCGCACUUAAACAGAAAAAAAAAAUGGAGAAGCUAAAAAAAGAGUCUUUAACAAAAGGGAAAGCACGCAGAAAGACUGAAGACGGCCAAGGCGAUGCGGUUGAUGAUGAGGAUGAAGAGGAGCAGGAGGAUGUAACAACAAAGCCCGGCGAUGUGGGCUCUUCAUCGUCCUCCGAACAAAUAGAGGAACCCGAGAAACCCAAAUUGACGAUUGCCGAACGCUGGGAACAAUUGUUGCGUGAGACGAACGAGGCGAUCGAACGCCAGCGCCUCGAGGAGGAAAGUACGGUAGAGAAGUUACCGCCAUACCAGCAAAAUCUACUCAAAGAACUGAGCGAGUUCGAAGGCGAAGUGGAGUGGACAACGAAGCACAGUAUGCGCGCAUUUGAUCUGCCCACCAGCUAUGCCGCGCCGGGACAAGAGGAUAUUUGA